AUAAAGCCCCAAGUUUGGACUGUCAGUAAGCAGUUACUAGUCAAUCGCCUUACAGCACACUACAGACAUGGGAAAACUUACGCUUUACGGAAUCGACGGUAGUCCUCCGGUCCGUUCGGUGCUGCUCACCCUGCGGGCCUUGAACUUGGACUUCGACUACAAGAUCGUCAAUCUGAUGGAGAAGGAGCACCUGAAGCCAGAGUUCCUCAAGAUCAAUCCCCUGCACACCGUGCCCGCCCUGGAUGAUAAUGGUUUCUACCUGUCCGAUAGCCAUGCCAUUAACUCCUAUCUGGUGAGCAAGUACGGCCGGAAUGAUUCUCUGUACCCCAAGGAUCUGAAGAAGCGAGCCAUUGUCGAUCAGCGUCUGCACUACGACUCCAGUGUGGUGACCUCGACAGGAAGGGCCAUCACCUUCCCGCUCUUCUGGGAGAACAAGUCGGAGAUUCCGCAGGCGAGGAUCGAUGCCCUGGAGGGUGUCUACAAGUCCCUCAAUCUGUUCCUGGAGAAUGGCAAUUAUCUGGCCGGCGACAACCUGACCAUUGCCGAUUUCCACGUCAUCGCCAGCUUGACCGGCUUUUUGGUGUUCCUGCCCGUGGAUGCCGCCAAGUAUCCCGAUCUGGCUGCCUGGAUCAAGCGCAUCAAGGAGCUGCCAUACUACGAGGAGGCGAAUGGCUCUCGUGCUGCCCAAAUCAUCGAGUUCAUCAAGAGCAAGAACUUUACUAUUGUUUAAGGCAUUUUAGUAAUAGACAAAAAAUAAAUAAGAACAACAAAUAUCAUAA